AUGUGGAGAGAUUCUGAUCAGCGAAUCGCCAAGAUAUCACCAUCUGGUGUCGGCAUUCUUCUCCGCAAGCACUGCAUCAUUCUCUCCUCUUUCAAGAUAUCUUCAGCCACGUCCAAGCUGCCUGAUACUACCAUCACAGAUCGUAUUUGCGACAAAGCCGAUCAGGCGACCUUGACAUCAAUUGCUGAGGACGUUGCGUCUCGCCCAAGUAUGGGCGCCGUUCCGAAGCGGUUGCUCAACAAGUCAAUGGGUCGGUUGCUCGCUGAAGAAGCCAAGCCUGACUUCGAGUUCCUCAAGACCGCUUGGCCCUAUGGCUUUGUUGAUGCAAAGUUGCUUUAUGUCUUUCGCCAUGCUUUGACCGUGGCCGUAUAG